GAAAAUCCCACCUGGCCAUUGUACAGCGGGUGAACAACGAAGGGGAAGGAGACCCAUUCUACGAGGUGAUGGGCAUUGUCACUCUGGAGGAUGUCAUUGAGGAGAUCAUCAAGUCCGAGAUCCUGGAUGAGACGGAUCUGUACACGGACAAUCGGAAGAAGGAGCGGGUGCCCCACCGGGGACGCAAGCCCCAGGACUUCUCCAUCUUCAGGCUCUCAGACAGUGAGAUGAAGGUGAAGAUCUCCCCACAGCUCCUACUGGCUACCCAUCGGUUCAUGGCAACAGAAGUGGAGCCUUUCAAGUCCCCCUACCUUUCCGAGAAGAUCCUGCUACGGCUUCUGAAACACCCCAAUGUCAUCCAGGAGCUCAAAUAUGACCGAAAGAACAAGAAAGCAGUGGAGCAUUACCUCUACCAGCGCAACCGACCUGUUGACUACUUCGUCCUCAUCCUGCAGGGGAAAGUGGAGGUGGAGGUUGGCAAGGAAGGGCUGCGGUUUGAGAACGGGGCGUUCACCUACUAUGGUGUUCCUGCCAUUAUGGCUGUCAUCUCCUCAGAUAAUGAUGUGCGGAAAGUGGGCAGUCUGGCUGGAUCCUCCUUCCUGCUGAACAGGUCACCAUCACGGUGCAGUGGACUCAACCGCUCUGAGUCCCCCAACCGGGAGCACAACGACUACGGUGGCAGCUCCACACAGCUCCACAGCAGCAGCAACAACAUCUACACACCCGACUACUCCGUGCACAUCCUCUGCGAUGUGCAGUUUGUCAAGGUCACCCGGCAGCAGUACCACAAUGCGCUGGUGGCCAGCCGCAUGGACAGCUCACCCCAGUCCCCUGACGUAGAGGCCUUCGACAGGGAUUCAACCAAGGCCUCAACAGCACGAGAAACCCCACAGACACCCAAGGAGGACCCCACCACCCUCCUGAACGAGAGGAACAGUAUCAUGUGCAGCCACUCCGAGGGGCUGCGCAGUCCCAGUGAGUCGGUUUUCCUGCACAUGGAGGGCAUCCCCUUCAUCCAGGAGGAGCUGGCUGACAACGAAGAGAACAGCAAGCUGCAGAGGCUGCGGUGCCCUGGGGCGCUGCAGCCAAACUGGGCUUUUGCAGACAGUGAGUGCUGCAGCACCAUCCUGGAGGCAGAAUCCCUGGGCAGAGAGGCUGGGACCAGCUCAUCACCGAGCAGCUCAGAGGAGACGCUGGGCAGGAGGCUGCUGAGAUCCCUCAGUGGGCGCAAGCAGCAGCCAUCAUCGGAGGGCGAGAAGACGCCAGAGGAGAGCUCCAAUUUCACCCCAUUAAUCACCUGA